GACCAUUUAAAUACAUCUACUUAUAAAACUUAUUACAAAUAUUUAAACGUAUUCAAUAUUAUUACUUUUGUACCACUGUGAAGUAUUCAAAAUCAAAAGAAAACAUAUUUAUAUGUACACGAAUGACCAAAAUGACUGUUCUCAACUGGAUUAUCAUUAUUGCUGUCUGUAUAUUAAAUGAAGUUAUACCUGUCACAGCCAGUUACUGCUAUUACAGCUCCUACUACUCCUACUACUAUUGUGAUUCAAGUUAUUCUUUUCCAACUACUGCUAUUCCCGGGAUAGUUGUUGGUUGCAUCAUCUUUGGGGUUAUAGUUUUUGUUGUCAUUACGGUUGUAUGCAAGCAGAUGAAGACCAGUGGGAACAGAGGCACGGUUGUACAACCGACGACAAGAAUUACAACUGUCCAGGCUCCACCUCUAGGGCCAUCUUUUCAGCCAACUGGGAUGAGUUAUCCCCCACCACCAGGACAGAAUAUGGCGUACCCACCUCCCCAGGGACAGUUUGGUUACCCACAGCCUCCUCCUCCUCAGGGACAAUUUGGUUUCUCACAGCCUCCCCCUCCGCCAGCUUAUGGAGGUUACGGAGCACCACCACCGAAGUAUUAGACAUUAAUGUAAAGGAAAGAUAAACAAAACUCACAAGUCUUCAAAAUACACAAUUUCUCAAAACUAUUAAAAGGAUUGUUACUGCUA